CAAUCCUCGAGCUUGCCCUCGGCGUUUGAAACUGAGAUCAUUGGCCCAAAAUGCCAUGGGGAUACCCAGAUGAGGCCGUAUCAAACCCUACUUGAGUGUUCCCCUCAACGUCAGACUGACCCUUUCCGCAUAGUCCAGACUCUAGACGGACCUGCGGCUUGUAUUGAAUAUACUUAACGAUGGUCAAAGAAGAUGAAGCUACAGAUACGGCGCUGCCACCGAGCGAGAUCCCCCUGCAAUCACCACCGCCGCCUGACGGUGGUUUUGAGGCAUGGGCUCAAGUGGUAUCAGGACAUCUGAUUUUAGCCCUCACCUGGGGUUACGUUUCGAGCUUUGGCGUCUUUCAGAAUUACUAUGAAACCACGCUCCCCCAGUCAGCCGCUGAUAUCUCCUGGAUCGGAGGCGUUCAAGUAUUUAGCCUUUUGUUCAUUUCAACCCUGUCGGGACGGGCCACGGAUGCUGGCUUUGCCCGGCCAAUGAUACUGGCCGGAUCGAUCUUCAUGCUUGUGGGCACGUUUAUGACCAGCUUAGCGACCACAUACUGGCAACUCUUUCUCGCACAGGGCGUAUGCAUCGGGAUCGGACAGGGUCUGAUGUGGUUGCCCAGUGUGACAGUGAUUUCCACAUAUUUCGCUAGGAAGCGAGUAUUCGCUGUGACAACUGCUGCGACGGGUACAAGCACGGGUGGAAUGAUAUUCCCUGCAGUGAUUCAGUAUUUGACCCCGAAGAUAGGGUUUCCGUGGGCUGUCCGCUGCAUGGGAUUUAUUGUCCUUUUUAUGGUCAUCCUGAUCAAUCUGCUGGUGCGCACUCGGCUUCCACCUCGCAAGUCCGGUCCACUGGUCGAAUGGACCGCGUUCAAAGACACCUCUUACAUGCUCUUCACGUUUGGGAUCUUCCUGUUGUAUUGGACUCUGUACUUUGCUUUUUUCUAUAUCCAAGUCUACGCCACCAAAGAGUUGGGUCUCUCGCAGGCUGCCGGGGUCAACCUGAUCAUCAUCAUAAAUGCAGCUGGCAUGGUGAUUCGAGCUCCCUGCGGGUAUCUUGCUGACCGAUGGAUCGGCCCACUAAACAGUCUCAUCCCGUGGGUGGCCCUCUGCGGGAUCUUGAUUUACUGCUGGGCCGCCGUACACAACGUCGCUGAGUUGUACGUCUUUGCGGUGUUCUACGGUCUUGCGUCCGCCGCGGCCAUGGGUCUGUUUGCCGGUACCGUGCCGUCAUUGACCAAGGACAUCAGCAAGAUAGGUACUCGCGUAGGCAUGGUGUUGACCCUGACCAGUGUCGCGCCUCUCACCGGGCCGUCGGUAGCUGGGGCAAUGAUUGCGAACGCAGGGGGAAAUUAUUUGCCAGCGCAGAUCUGGGCAGGCACGUCAUUGUUGGUCGGGACGGCCGCCUUGAUCGCUGCCAGGGUUUUGGCCUCGGGAUGGCAGUUCCGUGUGAAGAUGUGA